AUGAAUCAGGUGAACGAAAGCACAUAUGUGAACACUAUAAUUAUGCCAACAAUUCAGGCGGCCUUGAAGGACACGCCGUUAAGGAGCUCUAUUAGUUGUAGUAAACGGCAGAGUUAUGUCAGUGCCAAUGGAUGGACAUUGAAGUUUUCUGCUGGUUGGCUCCAAAAAUUUAAAGACUGUCGUCUGCCGAAACUUCAUGGGCCAGCUACUAUCGUCGAUGCCUUACCGUUAUUGAAAAGUACAUGCAAAACCUGUCCACUUGAACUAAUUUACAAUAAGGAUGAAACUGGCAUUUUUUACAGUCUAGAGCUGGACCGAAGAGAAGGAUCAAUGUAG